UGCCGCCAGCUGGUCUCUGCUUUCCUGCCCGGCCCGGGGGCUCGGGGCGUCUACAAGCGCGGGAAGCUGAUCGGCAAGGGUGCCUUCAGCCGCUGCUAUAAGCUGACCGACAUGUCCACCAGCACUGUGUUUGCUCUCAAGGUGGUGCCGCGUGGGGGGUCCGGGGUCCGGAGUCUGCGCCCCUUUGGGAAGGUGGAGCGGGAGAUCGCCCUGCACAGCCGCCUACGACACCGCAACAUCGUGGCCUUCCACGGACACUUUGCUGACCGUGACCAUGUGUACAUGGUACUGGAGUACUGCAGCCGCAAGUCCUUGGCCCACGUGCUGGAGGUGCGGCGGACGCUGACGGAGCCUGAGGUGCGCUACUACCUGCGGGGCCUGGUGAGCGGCCUCCGCUACCUGCACCAGCAACGCAUUGUGCACCGAGACCUAAAGCUCAGUAACUUUUUUUUGAACAAGAAUAUGGAGGUGAAGAUCGGGGACCUGGGGCUGGCUGCCAGGGUGGGGCCAGGGGGCCGAUGCCACAGAGUGCUCUGUGGGACCCCAAACUUCCUGGCCCCAGAGGUUGUCUCCAGGAAUGGGCACUUAGGCUCCUGCCCGCCUCCCUGGCUCAGGUACACGGUGCUGACUGGCGACCCACCCUUCGUGGCGGCUUCCCUGGCAGAGAUGUAUGAACACAUCCGGGAAGGCCGUUACCACGAGCCUGCCCACGCGUCGCCCAAUGCCUGUCGCCUCAUUGCCCGCCUGUUGGCGCCCAACCCGGCCGAGCGGCCCAGUCUGGACCACCUACUGCAGGACAACUUCUUCACACAGGGUUUCACUCCGGACCGGCUGCCACCCCACUCCUGCCACAGCCCGCCCAUUUUUGCCAUUCCUCAGCCUCUGGGCAGGCUUUUCCGGAAGGUGGGCCAGCUGCUAAUGAGCCAGUGCCAGCUACCCUGCCCCUACACCCCCAGUGAGGCCUCUUGUCCAGAAGAUGGUCCUGACGCUGACUUCAUGGAGUGGGGCAGUGAGGGGCUGGGGCACCCCUCACCCCUGCUCCCUUCCCAGGACUCCCUGUUGGAGAGAGGGGCUCCCCGACCUGAGGUCCCUGUCCACCUGUUCACCCAAGGGACCCUCCAGAGUGACCCAGCUGGGUCUGGGGGGAGCCCAAGACAGGAGGUGGAGGAGGCCAUUAGAAACCUACAGCUCUGCCUGAACCCUGGACCUCCAGUCACGCAGGACCCCCCGAGAGAGCAGUGGCCCAUCCUCUGGGCCCCCAAGUGGGUGGAUUAUUCCAGCAAGUACGGCUUCGGCUACCAGCUGUUGGAUGGGAGCAGCGGUGUCUUGUUUCGGGAUGGCACCCACAUGGCCCUGCGUCCCCCCGGGGGCCAGGUCAGCUACAUGCCUGACCGAGGGAAGCUGGAAGUGUUGGCCCUGAGGGAUGUGCCCAGCCCGCUGGGUGCCAAGCUGGCCGUCCUGCGACUCUUUGCUGGCUACAUGCAGCAGCGGCUUCGAGAGGUGAGGGCAGGGGGCCAG